CGCGCGCGCGCGCGAGCGCGAGCCCUCCGCGCCCCGACACCAUAACACACGGGAAGGUACUUUUGUGUCGGGGGCCGCUCGUCGGGUGGGUCGCCGGCCCGCGCAGUGACUGGUCCACACCGCGCCGAUGCCCGACUCCGACACCGACGCGUCCUGGGCCGUGGAACUGAGUCGCGCCUUCAGUCGCUACGACGCCGACGUCUCGCGCAUCAUCGAGGGCGCCUACAUGCGGCAGGAACCAUCGGUGUCCAUAACUGUGCGCUCGCACCCGUACAUCAUCAUGUUCGCUGACAUGAAGCAGAUCUCGUCAACGGAUUCGACCAAGACGCGGCGCGUGCAGCGCAGCGCGCCGCCAACGAACAAGCGCAAGCACGGGGCCGGGGAAAAUGCAGCGCCGGACGCACCAGCAAGCGGCGCAAGCAGCUCGUGGAUGGGCUGCGCACCUGCUCCCGCGGCGGCCCCGCCGCUGCGCUUCAAGCGCUGGAGGGAGAACGGCUUCGUGGCGUCGUCGACACUCUGCACAAGCCCGGCUGCCGUGCCGCGUCUGCUGCCGCCGCCCACACUCCAGGUCGAGGUCCUGCACGCAUCGCCCGGGGAAAACGUGAUCCUGAUCCGCAAGGCUCUCGCCGCCGCCUCGCAGUUGGUGGUGGCGCAGCUGCUCACGACUGCCGCGCAGCACUUGGAGCAAGUCCGCGCCAGCGGCAAAGGCGCCAUCUGGGUCGACGAGAGCGGGGCCGCCACGACCUUGCUGCAUGGCGAGACGCGGAUGGCACUGCGCGCGAGCGCCGUGCAGUUGCGCGGUAGUGGGCACGCGGCGGCGGCCGACGAGGUUGCGGCGCUGGCUGACGAGCGCGAGUACACGAGCACCGGCGGCGCGCUAGUGUAUCCGCCGGGCGAGAGGCUCGGGCUGCACCUAGACGACAUCGCCGCCUGCAACUCCAGCCCGUUCGACCCACGUGUCGUGCUAUGGAGCUUUGGCAACGACGUCGACUUCCAGUGGGCGCCGGCGCGCUUCAAGGGGCGGCCGAUGUUGGAUGGCCGUCGCCACAACGCCACGUACGAGCUCCAGCCAGGCGUCGCUGUCCGGACGGUCAAGCUGCAACACGGCGACGCGCUCCUCCUCAACGUGGAGCGCAUCGUGCACGGUGUCGCGAGAGUGAGCGACACGUGUGCGGACGCCGCGGCCACCAAGCUGCUACCGGGCCGCCGCAUGUGCGUGCCGAUUCGGCCGAAGGCGGACCCGCACGUGGAGGCCGAGCAUUACAGGCUGCGGGCGGGCGCGCCCGCGCGGCGAAGUACCAAGUAGAGCGUAGGUGUGUGGUACGGUGUGUAUGGGGAGAGUUUUGAAGAUUC